AUGUCGGAUAAGGGCUCGGCUAGUGAUAUGAAGAACUCCAUGGAGGGGGAUAUGAACAGAAAACUGGAUCCGGACUCUAAGAUGACGGAGGACAAGGACGACAGCUCGGAGAAGACGCCCAGCAGGGUGUCCCGGUCUCCGCAGAAGACGACGACCUCCAAACGACCCAAGACGGCGCCGGCCCGGGUCACACUGCUGGACGGCACAGAGUACGAGGCGGAGGUGGAGAAGAUGGCGCGGGGUCAGGUGCUACUGGACAUGGUGUGUGACCACCUCAACCUGCUGGAGAAGGACUACUUCGGACUCAGCUUCUACGACACCGACAACACCAAGAACUGGCUCGACCCUUCAAAGGAAAUCAAGAAACAAAUCCGUGUGGGCACGUGGCAGUUUGCCUUUGCUGUCAAGUUCUACCCUCCGGACCCCUCCCAGCUCAUCGAGGACAUCACCAGGUACUACUUGUGUCUGCAGUUGCGAGACGACAUCCUGUCGGGCCGGCUGCCGUGCUCGUUCGUGACCCACGCGCUGCUGGGCUCCUACGUGGUGCAGGCGGAACUGGGAGACUUCGAGCCGGAGGAGCACGGAGCCGACUACGUCAGCCACUUCCGCUUCGCGCCCAAUCAGACGCGAGAACUCGAGGAGAGAGUCAUGGAGCUGCACAACACCUACAGGGGGAUGACUCCAGCAGAAGCGGAGAUCAACUUCCUGGAGAAUGCCAAGAAGCUGUCGAUGUACGGCGUCGACCUGCACGAUGCCAAGGACUCUGAAGGCAUUGAGAUUAUGUUGGGUGUUUCAGCCAGUGGCCUCCUAAUAUACCGCGACCGACUGCGGAUAAAUCGGUUCGCUUGGCCCAAAAUCCUCAAAAUCUCCUACAAGCGCAGCAACUUCUACAUCAAGAUACGGCCUGGAGAGUACGAGCAGUUUGAGAGCACCAUUGGCUUCAAGCUGCCUAACCACCGAGCUUCCAAACGCUUGUGGAAGGUCUGCAUUGAGCAUCACACCUUCUUCAGGUUGGUGUCUCCUGAGCCUCCUCCAAAAGGCUUCCUGGUAAUUGGCUCCAAGUUCCGGUACAGUGGGCGCACUCAGGCCCAAACGCGGCAGGCCAGUGCGCUGAUCGACCGGCCGGCGCCCCAGUUCGAGAGGUCCAUUAGCAGGAGAUACCUGCUCUCCCGCAGCUUGGAUGGAGAUGCGGCUCUGGGGGGGAGUGUGGACCGCAUGUCCCAGCACAGCUCCAGCGCUCGCACCCCUGUACUGCCCCAGGACGACCUGGACCAGGACUACGAUGACGUCACUGACCAGGAGCUGGAUCUGGAGCGGGACCAGGAGCGAGUGUCUGUAGACAGCGCCCCCAGCGGCAAGGGAGUGGAAAUGAAGACGGAAGAUGCUGGCUCUCCAGUAGACGCUAAGGCAGAGUCGGACCAGGACAUAACCCCACGCCCAAAGCAGGAGCAGUUCCUGGACAAGCCUGCAGAGCUGCUGCAGAAGCACCAGGCCAGCAUCAACGAGCUGAAGAGGGCCCUCCGGGAGCCCAACAGCAAGCUGGUCCACCGGGAGAAACGGCUGUCCAGCUCCUCGCCUGGCAGCACCCCGGAGAAGAAAACGGCCUCAGUGGAGUCCGUAUUGAUUCAGGAGGAAGAGGGUUGUCAGAGAGACCACCUGGCCGCCGUUUUAAAUGAGGAAAUGACCAAGACGCCCGCCAAUGUAGCUUCAUUAGGAGGCCGCUCCUCUGAGGAUAGAGAGGGGAAACUGAGGGCUGAAUCGCUAACAGCCAAAACACUUCACAGGAGAGACGAGGCUGAAGUAGUAGCUGGCAGAGCAAUGAGAGGGGAAACUGUCAAAAUCCCAUCAGCGGCAGACUCGGGGAUAUCCUCGGCGGACAGCGUUGACCAUUCUGGUUCGACUGCGUGGGCUAAACAACACGAUUCAGGACCCGCCGCCGAGGUCUCACGGACCGUGGCGGCGAAGGAUGAGGUGUUCCACUCACAGGAAGUGCGGCCAGACUGCUCCUCGUCCGAGCAUUUGAACUCUCAUCUGUACUUUGAACCCAGCGCCCCUCUCAAAGAUAAAGGAACGACUUCUAAUGGCCACUACACAGCAACAACCAGAGGCCUUUCACAGCACACACACCAGGAUGUUCAAGAAGUUCCAGGAAGCUUCUUCAUGAACUUUGACGUUGACGACAAGUUUCUUUGUGAAGAUCCCGUCCAGGUUUUCAAUCUCUUGUAUGGUCCCAAGUUCUCAGCUUCCGCUGAGCAGACGCCAGUAGCGCCUCUGAACCCUAGAGCGCGAGAGUCGGACAUUGCAAUGCGCAACAGACAGAUGUUUAGGAGCCACCACGAGCACAGCAGUUUCCCGCAGAAGAACUACAGUAUGGUAAAGACCAAGAGGACACGUGUGGAGCCUGUUGCCACUCCUGCCAUUCACGCUGAGGCUUUUCCUGACUCGCAGAGGGAGCCUUGGGAAAGGCGCCUGGGCUCCGUGUCGGAGGACGACCCCGACCACGAGCUGCUCUACCCGAGGGAGACCCACCUGGGCAUCGAGCGCAAGUGCUCCAGCAUCACGGUCAGCUCCACGUCCAGCCUGGAGGCCGAGGUGGACUUCACCGUCCUCAUGGACCUCCAGUCGGGCAUGGAGGAGUUCUCCCGGGGCAUGAGCGAGCUGGGGGAGAAGGACCUGCUCAUGACCGACUUCCCGGACACCAGCUCGGCCUGGAUCAUGGGAGCGGAGAAGAUCGUGUUCCCCGUCGACCAAUGUCCUCUCCCACCGGCCGCUGCUGUAGAGCCUCCUCCCAGACGCCCCGAGCCGUUUGUGCCCAAGAAGGCACCACGCACUGCGCUGAGAGCUAAGAAGGGGGCUGGUGAGGUGGCCUCGAUUCCUGCAUCCAGGAGAGAGGCGAUGGAGGAGACCCAGCUUCCUCCACGACCUGUGAGCAGAGAGGCCAGUGACGUGGUAGCCCCUACCCCGGCCCCACGGAGGACCGAUAUAAAGGUGGAGACGCAGCCUAAUGGCUCUGAGGUCACUACAACCAUCAUGGAGUUCACAGACCAGGAUCACAGAGGCAGCACAAUCAGAGAAGCAUCCUACACAGUUUCAGAGGGGGGCUCGCCUAUAAAUGUGCCAUAUGCCAGAGAGGGAUCUGGCUCUCCACUCAUCGUAACAGAGAACGUGACAUCAGCAACCACCACUCAUGUGACUAAGACGGUCAAAGGGGGUUAUUCGGAGACGAGGAUUGAGAAAAGGAUCAUUAUCACUGGAGAUGAUGACGUGGACCAGGAUCAGGCGCUCGCGAUCGCAAUAAAGGAGGCGAAGCAGCAACAUCCUGACAUGUUGGUAACCAAGGCUGUGGUUGUCAGGGAAACAGAAUCUUCCACUCAAGAUCCACACCAGGAAUGUUAGAGUCCAAAACCGCUGGGAACCUACUCAGAAGGAUAGUCCUACUGUGAAUCUACCAUCUGUAAACACUGCCAGUUGGUCUUGGACACACUACUAACCCCCCUGCCCCCCCUCAAAAACGACUUCUUCUACCUGAGAUUUUGCGUGCACAUCUCCGCGACUUUGUGCUGAUGCAACAGUGCCUCGCCUCUCAUAUUGUACAGUCAAGAGACCGGCGCAGUCUGUUCCUGUCGGGUACCGUUUUGAUUCUCCUCUUCCCGUUGGACCCCUCCACCCCCAGUCUUGUUCUACUACACGGUUGAACCUUCCCUGUGAAGACUGAAAACAAACCAACCUACAUUCUUAGGACUUUUAUUGCCUGAUACUUUUAUGGUUUUCUCUGUACUACGCUACACAAUAAACCCAGCUGUUUUAACUUGUUUGAUUUGGGGGAAAACCUUGAGUAGGUAUUUAAAAAAAAACUAAAAAACACGUGAGAUUAGUUAUGAAGAGUUGUUUGGUGAUGUGGUGGGAUAUACGUUUGAUGACAAAGACUGGAAAAUGUGACAUGUAGACAACCCUCAAUGAGUAGAGUAGGUCAAAUGCCUGGUAUAAAAGAAUUGUCUAUGUAAUGCAUUUUACUUGCUGAAGAAAACAAAACAAAAAACAUCUGAGAGUACACACAUUUGUUUGCAUGUAGUAUUCGAGCAGGUUUCUCCUCUGUGGGAAGAACGCUUGCAUAGCCGGAGGAUAAGUUCUGCUGGAGCAGGCCCGGCAGCCGAGACCAGUCGCACAUCACUGAACUCAUCCAUACGAUGUCAUGGUGCUGGCUAACACGGAAGGCCCAGAUCAAAAAAGACGCCCAUGACAUUAGUCUGUGCCUUUCAUGUUAGUGAUGUGCUGGCGGAUCUGUGGGCCUUAGGGCGGGUUAUCAUGGAUGGAUGGUUAGGACGGGAGGUGGAGGUGGUGUGUCACGAGGGACUUGAUUAAGUUGCUAUGGGCAGUAAGUACACCACUUCUUAUGCCCGUUUCUAAAGGAAUAGUCUGUUGCUGCGAUGAAAUUGUGUCCAUAGCCGAAGCUGGGUGCCUGAGAAGCAAGGAAACAUGCCGUCUGGGUUCCAGAGAAGUGGAACAUCAGAUGACAAGAAUGUUCCCAUGGAGAUUACUUAGAAGCUUACCAGAAAUCCCCCUGGACCACUUUGAUUGGCAGGGGGCCUUGGUGACAUCAUCAGAGGAUGGUGGAAAAAGGAGAUUCUUUGUCUGCAAACUUUCAUAAAUACUGUCAAAACACAUGGUGACAAUUCUUGAAUAUUUAAAGCAUUACUUUUAGAUAGAUGAUAGUGUAACCUUGUUAGUUUUAUUCGGAAGAUGAACAUUGAUGGAGACCUAUUACCCUGCGCCUGUUGACUUAUUAAAUGUACAUCUGCACUAAGUUCCCAGUGCUUAAACGAGAAAUAAUGUCACAAAAUUGUCAUUUAUGAUGAAAAGUCAUAUGUGCAUGCAGUUGUGAACAAAAAAAGAGCUUUAAUUUGCCUAAUGCUGUAAUGAGCAAUGCUUUUAUUUUAUCAUGUCAACUUGUACAUUUUGCAUCUAAGGUCUGCUCUUGUCAUAUGUGACUGGGAAAAAGGAGAAUCUGUUUCUUAUGUCUGGGAAAAUCAAUCUUGAGAACAGAGCAAAAUUAUUUUACACCACACUGAACUGCAAAGGACAGUCCAAGAUCACUGUUCGGAUGUCACUGUACAUAGAUGUAAAAUUAGUCUUUCAUUCGGAGUGAGUAUUUUUCACGAGCAAAACCACUGAUGGGUGGUCGUCUCAGACAUGCUGGAGAAACAGAAUCUCUUAUAUAUCCUGGUUUUGUUUUCUCCCCCAACACGUAAGACAUUCACGGACUCUGUGCCCUUUCCGACUGGUUUGUUUUUUGGUAACACUUUACAAUAACGUCCUAUUCACAGCAUUAUAAACACUUUAGAAAUAAUUAA